UAGUAUUCCACAAUGUGGAAUAUGAGUGAAAUUUGAUAAAACAUAAUUGCGUUGUUGAUAGUUUCGUGCUGUGCUUUCUACAUGCCUGUUAUGUGAUAAUUGUGUUCCUUUAAUUAAGUUCAAUAAUUUAAUUUCCUACGGUUCAAGCAUCUGUUCCAUUAAGCUGUUGAGAUAAAUAAUUAUUUAUUUAUAAUUGGUACGUGUGUGUUAAUACAAAAUGGGUGAAUCUGAUGAACAUUUGCUGAAGUGUAUUAAGCAUUAUCAAGAUAGCUUAGAGAGAAAUUCGGAAAAACGCAACGAAACUAAAUUACUUCACUCAAUAGAGAAACUUGACAAGCUCCACAUUAAGGUAACACAUUUAGAAGCAACAGGGAUUGGGAGGACCGUAAACGGUUUAAGAAAAUUUGGUGGAAAUGUUGGAAAUGCUGCCAAGGCUCUAGUCUCCAAAUGGAAGGAAAUGGUUGUUGUGGAGGAGGACACUUCUAAAGCUGAAGAUAGUCAACAAAACUCGGGCGACGAUUCGGACGAUAAUUCAUCAAUGGACGAAAAUUCAUCUAGUCACAAGGACAGUGACCAAUCGCGAUCUAAAAAGACCAGGAAGCCAGAAGACAGACAUGGUGACAGACACAGAGGUAAAAAACGUAACUACGGCAGUGACUAUGAAUCAGGAGACAGUGAGUCAGAUUCCUCUGAAGAUGAAAAUCCGAGGAGACGACACAAAAAGGCUAAAUCGUCCCGGAGAGACUCUUCUGAGAGUGAAGAGGAGCGCUCCCAUAAAAGGCAGAAACUGGAAUCUGAGUCUGAUAAUGAAGAAAAAAAGUCUGAUCACAAAAAAAUGAAGCCGUCGAAAUCAGAUGAUUCGAAAUCAAGACAUAAAAGCAAGGCAGUCAGUGACAGUGAGGACGAAAGUAAGAAGCACAGUUUGAAAUCGAAACACAAGUCCGAGACCAAAUCAAGAACCCGGUCCAAUUCGGAGGAUCGAAGUGCAAAGCAUGACAAAACAUCAAGCAAGUCUCAUCAUCAUCAUAAAUCGUCAGAAACUGACUCUAAAUCGAGGCAUUCGUCGAAAAGCGCGAGUAAAUCAUCUGAUGAUUCCAAGACAAAACAUAAGGAACACAAAGAAGACAAAAAGAAAGAAUCCAAAGAAUCCAGGUCUGACAGACACAAAGAAAGCAAAUCUAGCGAUAAACACAGCAAAUCUGGUGAUAAACAUAGUAAAUCAUCAGAUAAACACAAGACAGAGGACAGUAAAAAAUCAGACAAAAAAUCGAACGAAUCAUCAAAGAAAUCGUCAAGCGAUGACAAGAAACACAAACGGUCUAAAGAAUCAGAAAAGAAGGAACCAACCAGGCAACUGAGUCCGGACAAAGUAGUAAACGGAAUCGAUUCCGGUUCAGGAGCAAGUUUUGCUGAGGCGUUGGGAAUGUGCAUGAUGCCUGUUCCUGGCAGCAGCAAAAAGCGACAGAUACCUACAAAGAGUAGUGAGGAGCCUAAAACGAAACAUUCAUCAACAUCAUCCUCAUCAAAUGGUACAUCUUAUAAGUCAGAAUCCAGACAUACUGAGAAAAAGGAAGAAAAGAAGUCAGAGGUCAAUGGAGUCCCAAUGCCCAAACAGCCACUGCCAGAACCUUCGGACAUUGCUAAUUUACUGCCAUCAAUUACACCAAACUACCGUCCUUUAGGCAACGUGGGAUUUGAUCAGCCCGUCCGGAGAGCAGUUACCGACGAUGAAGCGUUGAGCCGCGUGAUUAGUACUAAAAACCAAAGGACAAAGGUAUAUUCUGGAAAUAAGGUUGCGUUUGGCAAAGUGCCUUCGUUGUUCGAGCUGUGCGUUAGAGUACUGCAGGACAAUAUCGACGCCCUCGAAUAUACUGGCGGUGUGCCUUAUUCGAUCUUGAAACCAAUCUUGGAGAAGGCCAAUCCAGAUCAGCUCUACAUGAUGGAGCACCACAACCCCUACCUCAUCGAAGAGACGGACGAACUCUGGCAGCUUCACUGUCAGAAGGAGUUUAAGACGAAGCAGCGUGAAGAGAUGGAGACGUGGCGUGAGAUGUAUAUGAGAUGUUUGGACGAGCGUGAGGCCAAACUCAAGGCUCUUACAGCCAAUAUUAAACAAUCCCAGGACAAAUCCCUUCCAGUCAGGACUACAAAGUUGGCCUACGUGGACAGUGCCGUGAAACCCCCCAGGAACAUUAUCAAGAAACAGAUGAAGAAUGGAACAGCGUUUGACAAGAAACCCGCAUUAACCCCUACGUCAAGACUUAGUCAACUGGCGACAGCAGGUGAAGCUGGAAAAGUGGCUGUGCCAAGUCCAGGAGUUAGAGCAGCAGAAGGUAGCAGCCGAUCUGGUUCCUCGUCAUUUAAACCUCCUAAAAAAGCGCCGUUGAUGGCCAAAACAUUAUCGUUCAUGAAGAAUAGGUUUAAGAGAUAGAAUUUUUAAUACUAUUUGUAUGUACUUUAAGUUAGAUAUCAUCUUAUAAGUCAUCUGUAAUUGAUAUUGUUGAUUCAUUGUGGACUGGUUUUAGUUGUGAUUUGCUUUUUGAAUUAAAUUGUAGAGUAAUUUAAAAUCCUAGUUUUAUACUAGUUUUAUCAUUUAUUUAUUUAUAAUUGUUGAUAAUUGUAUUGCAAGUAAUCCAAAUACGUAUUUAAAUUACAAUAUGCGAUUCUUUUUAAUAUUUAAUUUUUAUUUCUUUAUGAUUUUAUACAAUAGACUAUUUACAGUGUUUAUUACUGAAUUAUAAAAUUAAUACAAAAUCUAGUUCGAAUAUAAAAAUUAUUCAUAUUGUCUAAACUAGGUUCAACAGUUUCGUUAUAAUACCUUCAGAUUUAUUCCCAUUGUAAAUUCAAUUUUUAACAAUGUUCAUAUACAUUUUACAGACAACACUCAUGUAAAUAUGUUAAAUCCGUUUAAUAGGGUUUAGUUAUAUUAUAUUUCUCGCUUCGUGCGUUUUAAAUGUGAUAAAGACACUCCAAAUUGUAAUACCAGUUUUCUAAUGUCAAUUUUUCUUAUUGACUCAUAUUAAUUGUAAAAUGAAAAAAGUUAUGUAAAAACAUUACAUUGGAUCUGUAAUAUUUGACAAAUAUUAUUUUGUAUUGUCAUUGUUAAAAUUAUAUCAUUUAUAAAAAUUUGUGAUUUAUACAGAAAACAUUUAAUAAAAAGUUGUUAAAGAUA